AUGGAGAAUAACACGGAGGUGACUGAAUUCAUCCUGGUUGGACUGACCAAUGUCCCGCAGCUGCAGGUUCCUCUCUUUGUUAUAUUCACACUCAUCUACCUCAUCACUCUGAUAGGAAACUUGGGGGUGGUCACAUUGAUUCUAACAGAUUCCCGUCUCCACAUCCCCAUGUACUUCUUCCUCAGCAACCUCUCUCUGGUGGACUUUUGCUACUCUACAACAGUCACUCCCAAGGUCAUCGCUGGAUUCCUUAUAGGCGACAAGGUCAUCACCCACAAUGCCUGUGCUGCUCAGAUGUUCUUUUUUGCAGCUUUGGCCACUGUGGAAAAUUACCUCUUGACAGCAAUGGCCUAUGACCGCUAUGCAGCCGUGUGCAAACCCCUGCAUUACACCACCAUCAUGACCACAAGUAAGUGUGCUCGUCUGGCCAUAGGCUCUUAUUUCUUUGGUAUCCUGACCGCAGCUGUUCAUGUAGGAGACACAUUCUCUCUCUCCUUUUGCAUGUCCAAUGUGGUCCACCACUUUUUCUGUGAUAUUCCAGCAGUCAUGAGUCUGACUUGCUCAAAUAAACACUUCAGUGAAAUGACUCUUGUUCUUCUUUCAAGCUUUCACAUAUUUUUUGCUCUUACUGUUAUUUUGAUUUCCUACACUUUCAUAUUUAUCACCAUUUUUAAGAUGCACUCAGGUGGGGGUUAUCAGAGGGCACUGUCUACCUGUGCCUCUCACCUCGUUGCAGUUUUUAUUUUUUAUGGGACUGUCAUCAUCAUGUACUUACAGCCGAGUUCCAGUCAUUCCAUGGACACAGACAAAGUUGUAUCGGUGUUCUAUACUGUGCUUAUCCCCAUGCUGAACCCCCUGGUCUACAGCAUGAGGAACAAAGAUGUCAAGAAUGCAUUCAAGAAGUUUGUUGAGAAGGCAAAAUAUUUUCUAGUUUCUUAG